AUGGCGACUUUCUGCCCGUCCUGUAGUUCCCUACUUCUGGUGGACAAUCUGAAAAGCAAGCUCGUGUGCCAAACAUGCCCGUACCAGUUUGUGUACCGAAAGAAGUACUUCUCAAAAACGGAGUUCGUCAACAAGCAAGUCUCCGACGUACUAGGUGGCCCCGAAGCGUGGAAAGACGUGGAAAAGAUGUCGACACAGUGUCCGGUGUGCAUGCACGGCUACGCCUACUUUCGACAAAUGCAGACCCGGAGUGCGGAUGAGCCGAUGACGAUAUUCUACAAGUGCGAGAAGUGUGCGCACUGCUGGAAAGAGGACUGACACGGCAAGGAUGAACGCAGUUGCUGCUGCGUAGUUGUUAUCUGGCUUCAUUUCUUUGAAAGCAGAAACUCCUGUAAAUUGCUAUUGCACGUGACCUCCUGCAUGGGGACGGAUGGGCAUGAAGAAGCAACAAAUUUUACUGGCGACCAUAAAUUGUUUUCGUUUCAGCAUUGAAAGUAAAACGACUGACCACGACGCUUCACAUACAUAUUUUGUACGCGC